GCAGCACUGUAUUUGUUGGGGGCUCCAGGCUCAGAUUUGGUUGAGUUAUUUGAAUGUGUGGCAGCAGUGAUGCAGCAAGUAAAUCUGAACUCUGCAGAAAAUUGGUUGGCAAUUAUCUGUGCCACUACUGGAAGGUCUAGGAUGGUGAGUGCCCAUGAGCAACCUGUAGCAGGUGUAGAUGCUUUUGUUUCUUAGCCCCAAAUACUCAGAAAUGAGUUGGAGUCUGUGGCGGUCAUUGAUUCUCUGGCAAGGAAGGAGUUAAAUUUAAAUAAUCUGAAGGUGAGCCCCAGUUGUGAAGCUGGAAGAGGGUGGAACUACAAGUCCUUUAUUAGGGAGGGAGCAAUAAUUAGGGUAUGUGUAUUGGACUGGGGGUUUAGCUACUAACAGGAUUUGGGGAGUGGGUUGUGUCCCUCACAGAAAAAGCUUUUAUGGGGGAAAGAUCAGUCUAAUUGUCCUUCAGAACUUUGUGAUUGCUGGUUACCUGCACACAGCCCGCAGGUACCGCUGAGUCAGCCAGUCGCCUGUUCCAGAAGCCGCGCGGGCGGGAGAAUGAGUCGCUGGUCCGUGUCCCAAGGCUGCGGGAACAGCCACAAAGCGCUCAGAAUGUCUGGCAAACGGGAGCAGCUGCUGAGCGGAUGGGGAGCGCCGGGGAUGCUGCGCCCCAGUAUGAGGAGCGAGGCAGAGAGGCAGCGGAGUUUUAGGGCUUGGCCCCGCUCUUGCCCCCAGCUCUCCUCAGUGGAACUGGCCCGUUCAGGGUUCUAUUACCUGGGGCCCGGGGACAGAGUUCAGUGUUUCUCAUGUGGUGGGGUCCUGAGGAGCUGGGAGCCGGGGGACCGGCCGGACACAGAGCACCGCAAGUUCUUUCCUUCCUGCCCUUUCCUCCAGCAGCAGCAACGGGGCCCCGGGGCCACAGACUCUGUUGAUGGACAGGUAUUGGGGCAGCUUUCUGGGGAAGAACCGGACCGCACCUGGGAGCCAGUGUACCCCGAGAUGUCUGAGGAACAGGUCCGUCUGGGCUCCUUCAGCACCUGGCCCUUGGAUGUCCCUGGGAGCCCCGAGGUGCUGGCUGGAGCCGGCUUCUUCUACACCGGACACAGAGACCAUGUCAAGUGUUUUCAUUGUGAUGGGGGCCUACAGAACUGGGAACAAGGUGACGACCCCUGGACAGAGCAUGCAAAGUGGUUUCCAAUGUGUGACUUUCUGCUUCAGGUCAAGGGUGAGGCCUUUAUCCGCAGUGUUCAGGAGUCUCUUUUUAGCAGCCCGGAGCCCUCGCCUGAAUCUCUGGGGUCCUAUGACUAUGACAGGAGUCUGGCCUCUUCCACAGUUUCCCCUGAAGGUUGGCUGUUCCUCCAGUCCUCUGUAGCUCAGGAUGCCCUGCAGAUGGGCUUCAAGCAGAGCCUGGUGGCAAGACUGAUGCAGAGCAGGUUCCUGCUGACCGGGUCUUGUUACAGCUCCGUGUCUGACUUGGUCACAGACCUGGUAUUGGCGGAAGAGGAGACACCCCGUACAGAGUCGGUGAGUGUCCCGAGGGCUCCAACUCCAGGGGAAAGGUCUGAACCACCCAAAGUUUCAGCAGGGCCCCCACUCAGUACAGAGGAGCAGCUGCAGCGGUUGAAGGAAGAGCGAAUGUGCAAAGUUUGUAUGGAUAAAGAUGUUUCCAUGCUAUUUGUGCCCUGUGGCCAUCUAGUGGUCUGUACAGAGUGUGCCCCCAACCUCCGGCACUGCCCAAUCUGCCGGGCUGCAAUCAGGGGCAGUGUUAGAGCCUUCAUGUCCUGAUGCUACAGGCAGGAGAGACUUCCCAAGUGCCUUUUUAUCCUCCACUGCUGCUGAUCACAGACCAGAUUGACCAGUGGGAUGUGGGGGAAGCAGUACCUUUACCUUUUCUGGUUAUGCCGCAAUCCCCUUCCCUAGCCAGGGGCUCUUUUCUGCCCUCUUGAAUAUUUUGCAUUGAGUAUUUAUCCAGUUAUUUAAGAUUGAUUAACUUAUUAUAUUAAAGGAGAAUGUGUUGCUGUGAAAUAAAGUAUAUUCUGUUCCA